GAGAAUUUUAGCAUAUAUUGUUUUUCUUAUAUUUUGUGCAUCAAAGUCAAAGGGAGAUAAUUUGUAAACAAUACAGAAUUCACGUGCGUAGAGUAAACAUGGUUGAUUUUCAUCAUUCAAGCGAUUCGGAGGCAGCUGAUUCUGACGAGGAGCUUCAGAGAGCGUUUGCUGCUGGAAAGCUUAAGCCAGGCUUGAAUGUGGUUGUUGAGGCUCCCAAACAGAGCAUAAAUAAUGUGACUGGAAUGAAGCAGAAGUUGAAGGAGCUCCAGCAGGGCCUAGACUGGGUUGAGCGUCUUGACCUCACCAAUCCCCCGGCCCCUCCCCCUCCAGGCAGCAAUGAGACAGAGGGGACAGAGGGGAGUGGUGUAGCGGAGACAGAUAAUGACUUCAAACGGGAACUCAGAUUUUAUCGGCAAGCCCAAGCAUCUGUUCUUACUGGUCUAGCGAAGUUACAUAAACUGGGCAUAAAAACCCGGAGACCUGAUGACUAUUUUGCAGAAAUGUCUAAGACGGAUGAUCACAUGAAAAGGAUUCGGGAGAAGUUACUAGAGAAGCAGCAAGGCAUAGAAAACAGAGAUAAGGCAAGGAAGUUACGAGACCUGAAAAAGUAUGGAAAGAAGGUUCAACAAGAUGUUUUACAAAAGCGACACAAAGAAAAGAGAGAAAUGCUGGAUGCAGUUAAAAAAUUCAGGAAAGGUCAAAAGGACAAGCUGGAUUUCUUGGAGGAGACUGAGGGGAAGGGAAAGGGCAAACAACAGAACAGACAUGGCAAAACAGACCAACCAUUCCAACCCAACAGAAAGCGGCAGUACAAGAACACCAAGUUUGGCUAUGGUGGUCAGAAGAAACGGGGUAAGAUGAACACCAAGGAAUCUGCUUCUGACAUGAGUGGCUUCAGUAAGAAAAUCAACCAGGGCAAACCUGGCAAACAGUACGCCAACAAAAACAAAAAGGGAAACAAAAAUAAAAGACCAGGCAAAACACAGCGACAGACGAUGAAAAAUCGACAGAAAUGAUUUUUUAAUGUAUAUUUUAAGAAAUAAAUGUUUGUUGUGUA